CUUCAGUAACCCGCCAUCGCCGACCAGAACUAAGAAGAGUCUUUCUCCGCCCAACUUGCGGUUAAAACUGAUUGACCUCUCUUGUUCUCCCAGCAUCCCACAAAACUUUCAAGAUGAAGCACCUCGCCGCUUACCUCCUCCUCGGCCUCGGUGGCAACGCCUCUCCUUCGGCUGACGACAUCAAGGGUGUUCUCAGCUCCGUCGGCAUCGAGGCUGAUGAUGAGCGUCUCCAGAAGCUCCUCUCGGAGCUCGAGGGCAAGGACAUCAACGAGCUGAUUGCUGAGGGCACUCAGAAGCUUGCUUCCGUCCCCUCUGGCGGUGCUGGUGCUGCCGCUGGUGGUGCUGCCGCUGCUGCCGGCGGUGCUGCCGCUGAGGCUGCCAAGGAGGAGGAGAAGAAGGAAGAGGAGAAGGAGGAGUCCGACGAGGAUAUGGGCUUCGGUCUCUUCGACUAAGCAACCCGCCACGGUCGCAAUCGAAAAGUUGCCGUGCGCAGUUCCGAAACGACCUUGCCACUUGGACAGCUAUCUGCGGCGUUCCUUGCGUUAUAGUUGCAUGGGCCGCAGUGCCAGGUCUCUGGGAUGUCCGGGGCCUCGCUUCCGCUGACGCGGAGAGCUACAUAGAUUGGAGCAAUAAAGUGCGAGGGUCUCUUCGGACAUUUUGUGAUUUCCGGAAGUGUGCGUUGUAUCGAAGCUCGAUCUGUCAAACAGCGCGAUCCCCGCGGCAUGUUGCUUGCCGUAUUGGCGGGACUGAGAAGACCCAGAUUCGACUUCCGUCGACAUUGAGAGGCCAUGCGCAGCCUACCGCGGCGAAAUGCACCUCGUUCAACUGUCCAGGAGUAUUCCGUACCUUAGUCACACAACCAGUUCUGCUCUGUG